AUGGCGAAUGCAGCCAGAACGAUGGGACUAAGUAGAAUGCAAAAUGUAAAUAAUGGAGAUGGGAAACUAAAUGUCCAACACGGUGGUAACAAUCAGAUGAAGAUGGAAACGGAGAAUUCACCCGCUAACAAUCAGAAUAAUCAAGUGAUGGGAACAUUCUCGACAGUCCCCUCCAACACAUUCGAUGAGAACGAUUACCUUUCUUCGGCUGAUGCCAGUAUUCUAGCUCAGUACUACGGCGAUAAAGGUUACCCUCCGACCAUGGUCCGUUCCAACAUGGUGGACCCUAAGAUUCAGCAGGACAUGAAACUAACCCACGACAACAUACUGCAGAGUCUAGCUACCAGUCUCUCUAGUACCCUCUCCCAGGCUGCCGCUCCUGAUUUCAACCUGGCUGUUGUCGCUACUUCUCUCGCUAACUUUCAGGGUAACCCCUCACUGAUACAAGGAGCUCAGACAAUGAUGAUCCCAGAACCAGCACCCCUCUCUCCUCUCACUACCGGCCCCUCUCAACAUCCAGCCAUCCCUCCUCUCUCUCACCCACUCUCCUCCUCCCUUUCUCAGUCUCAUAUCCCCAACGUGGUGAUCACCAGUAAGAUGCACCACAAGCCUAUACCUGCAACGGCCUACAAGAAAAAUAUGAGGACUCACACGGGAGAGAAACCCUACAAGUGCAACGAAUGUUCAUAUUGUAGUGCUCAGAAAGGUGAUCUCAAUAGACAUAUGAAGACUCACACGGGAGAGAGACCCUACAAGUGCAAGGAAUGUUCAUAUACUUGCUCUGAUAAAUCAAGUCUUAUCAGACACCAACAUACUCACACAGGAGAGAAAGCCUACAAGUGCAAGGAAUGUUCAUAUUGUAGUGCUCAGAAAAGUUCGCUCACAGCGCAUAUGAGGACUCACACCGGAGAGAAACCCUACAAGUGCAAGGAAUGUUCAUAUACUUGCUCUGUUAAAUCGAAUCUUAAUAUACACCAACGUACUCACACGGGAGAGAAACCCUACAAGUGCAACGAAUGUUCAUAUACUUGCUCUGUUAAAUCAAAUCUUAAUAUACACCAACGUACUCACACGGGAGAGAAACCCUACAAGUGCAACGAAUGUUCAUAUUGUAGUGCUCAGAUAGGUAUUCUCAAGAGACAUAUGGUCAUUGUCAAUUUUGCUUUGCCCAUUUUGCUUACUUUUUGA